AUGGCCCAGCGCAUUUAUUUUCAUCUUAAUCACCCUAUCCGCUAUGUCCGCAUUGUCGGCGUCGUUGUAGCUAUCGACGACAUCAACCUCAAGUACACGGCUCUCACCAUCGACGACGGAAGCGGCGCGACUAUCGAACUCAAGAUCGUACGAUUACCUCCCGCUGAGAAGAACCCCGUCGAUACAUCCUCAGACACGAAGAUCAAGAACUUGAAUAUCGUCAGUCAAUUCGGCAUCUUCGACGUCGUCGUGGACGGCGAAACCCUAGACAUCGGCACAGUCGUCAAGGCCAAAUGCCUCAUAUCCGAAUUCAGGGGCGCAAAGCAACUGGACCUGCAGCGCAUUUCUGUUGUCAAAACGACCAACGAAGAAGCACAGGCUUGGGCUGAGACCGCUGCGUUCAAGCAGGCAGUCUUGUCGCGACCAUGGCGUAUAACGUCAGCCGAGCACAAGAAGAUCAAGCAUGCGAUCAAAGCGGAAAAGAAGAAAGAACAGGAUAAUGAGCGACUGCAGGCGGAAUACAAAGUCAAGAAAGAGGAGCGACGGCUGGCGAAGGAGGCAUACCUUGCGCAGAGGGAAAAGAAGCUUGAGGCUCGACGGCGGAAGGAAGAGGUUAUGCUGAAUAGCGUCAUGGAAGAUGCCACUGUUUCCCCGACUCCUCCGGACAAGCACUCAGAUGAAGCGCUCGAUGCUGGGAGCCCCUCCACGACCCUCGACACGCUUCAGUACGACCGCAUAACACAAGAUCGCCACAUUCGAGUCCUCGACUUGGCUCCUGGCAGCUGGGACGAGCCUGUCAAUUGCUUCUUAAGGACGGUUGAUCUAGAUGACGACGAACUCCACUACGAAGCAAUUUCCUAUGCCUGGGGCGACCCUACCGAUCGCAAGACCGUGACAUGUAAUGGAUGCGCCGUUAGCACAACACGCAACCUUUUCGAAGCCUUGCAGCGCUUUCGAUAUGCCGAUAAUACGCGAACGCUCUGGGCCGAUGCGCUCUGCAUAAACCAGGUCGACCACGACGAGAAAACCUACCAGGUCCGGCUGAUGAGCUUCAUCUACAGAAGAGCUGUUCGCGUGCUUGUAUGGUUGCAACAUGAAGACAAUCAAGUAGUUCAAAAUUCCCUAAACGUUAUGUGCCAGUUUGCGUGCAAAGAAGAUCCCAAUGGCAAAUGGGGAGACUUAGAAGAUCGUGCAUACUACCAGAGUUCGGAGCUCUACCAAUGGCGUGGUGUCGCAGUGACCAGCGUCAGCGGAGAUGAGCCAACGGAGAUCGCUGAUGCUGCGACGGACGCUUUGCGGCAUAUGUGCUCCUCACCCUGGUUUAGUCGAGGAUGGGUGGUUCAGGAGGUGGCAUUAGGCACCUCGGUGUCGGUAUUCUGGGGGCACGCUGAAAUCGACUUACGGCGGCUGAACGUUGUGUCUAGCGUUUGCAUGAGCCUCCGUUUCCACAGGUUAACACGUGCGACGCUGAGUUUUCGACACCUCUUUGACCUGCGCAUGUCACAUCGUAUCGGUUAUUAUCGGCAAUCUUGGUUCACCCUGAGCUACAUGACCAGGUUCUUUACUUUUAGUGAGCCAAAAGAUAGAAUCUAUGGUCUACUCGGACUAGAGACAGUCGAAUGUGACUCUACAAAGGGUCAACUACUCGUUGAUCCCGAUUACAACAUCGAUAUUCUGGAAUGCUAUCGCAGAGUGGCAGUUAAGCUACUUUGCGAGUGGCACGAUCUCAGAGUGCUUUCCUGGGCCGGACAUAGACCUGGACCAACCCAAGAUUGGCCAUCGUGGGUGCCAGACUGGAAGCCGUCAGGAAACCACAUGUUUCAAGAUCUCGGAGGCUUUGCCCGAAUUAAGGAAAAAUCGAACCUCACUGAUAUAUCGGACACCAUGAGGAGUGGGAAUCACUGUAUCAAUAUCGCAGGUCUCAGAGUCGAUACUGUACUCCGGGUGGUCGACGAACAUGCGGACAUGACAUACAUUAAGGAUGACUCUUGCGGACCUGUACGCCUACAAGCCUUGCUAGGCUCCUUGGCUCAUGUAUACAGAGAGCCAUGCCUUGCCUGUACAUUUGGAAAUCAGUCUAAAUAUCUACCGCUGCCCUCUUAUCGCAUGGAAAACCUUCUGGACAAUUACCACGCGUUUAUGAACAGAGAUUUUACGCAAGACAUGUACCGGCAUGUACCAGUAGAAUCGAAUCAGGAUGAUCAACGCUCUUCAUUCACACCAAAUGCCGAUAAGUUUUCCGAAACAUGCCGGCGUGAUAAUGAUGGUCACACCCUUUUCAUUACCAGCACAGAAAUGCUAGGUCAAGGGCCCGAUAAUAUACUCCCAGGCGAUGUUGUUGUCGUACUACACGGCUCUGCUGUACCUUUCGUCCUCAGACCUGCGAGCGAUGGCCUCUGGAGACUUGUGGGAGAAUGCUAUGUUUACGACGUCAACGAGGGCCGCAUUCUUAGGGAAUGGGAAGAGAAAGGUAGCAUAUCGGAGAAGACAGACGAGUCCGCCGCACACUACCUUCUCCAGUACAUCACGAUUCGCUUCUCCGACAAAAUGUACGGCUGCGAUGAAUACUUCGACGAACACUUCGACGACAAACUCAUUGGUCGCAUCUACCGACUCCGCGAUGACCCGAGUCGCAUGUUCUCCGUCUGCCUAUCGCCCCCUCCGUCAUCGAAGUUGUAUCUUACCUCAGAUCAGUACAAGUGGAAGAUGAGAGUACUGCCACCGCAGAAGAACGAUCAGAUGCUGCAAGUCAUCAAGAAGACGAUCACCGAGCUGAACAAGCAAUAUAUGCUCUUUUGGCGCAUUGGUCUGGAAGUGUCACACUUGACGAUGAGUCCUCCCCUAUGGCCCCGCCAUCUAGAGGAGUACUCGAUCAAGCUGUACGCUUUCAAGGAAAAGGGUCGAGAGUUUCCGAUGGCUGUUGAGGCAACACUGUCUAGAGGCUGUCGCCGUUUGACCGCGGACACCAUUCUGGUACGAAAGAAAGACGACAUGAACGGACCUAAACCCGGCAUGCCGCUGAAGACGUGGCUUCUGUCCCUGGUCAAUUCUCGGAAUAGCUUGGGUGAAGCUGGUUGGCAGCUUCAGCGCGGGUGGUGGGCUUCGAACGGUCAGAACUUCCCCAUCAUGACUUUGCCUGCCGAAAUACGUUGCGAAAUUCUCCGGCAAGUCUUGAGUGGCAAUAUCUAUCCCGUCGCCAGAGAAAAUCCGAAUGUGUCAGGACCUGUAGUGUUUCUGGGAGCCAAGAACGGGAACAUGCCUGUAUAUCAUUGGCCUGAAGUCCCACCGGCUUCCCGGCCAGAUCCACCCAACUAUGCCAUCCUUCGAGCCAGCAAACAGAUCUACGAUGAGGCCCUGAAAGCGGCGUGGGAGGGUACAACAAAGCACUUCGCGGAUGGAUUAUGGCUGGAGAAGGUGCUAGAAGCACCAAUUGCCCCAUCUAACUAUCGCUGGCUCACUCAUAUCCAACUCUCCAUGAGUACAAAAGAAUGCUUCCGAUUUUUCGGGAUUGACAUUCACCCCGUCCUUCGAUUGCCGCCGCUUGUACCAAAAGCUCGUUUGCUGCAAGGAAUCGCUACCCUUAAGCACCUCGAAAUCGUAUUUGGAUCACCAUACGUCCCGUAUUCAAACCCUUGGUAUUCUUUUCCCAAUCGCCCGCCACUUAUACUGAAGUUUCCGUGUCAUAAGAUCAUGGUCGAGUGGGCGCUGAUCUUCGCCUUUCCAUACCUCAAGCACAUCCCGAAUGUUCAGCUCGCAGGCUGUAUCAAGACCUGCACAAAAUCGAAAUGGGAACACAUCCUAAGCAAUGAGUACUACUUGCGGAAAGAGAGCUUCAAGACUCACGGAUACGACCCUGCUAUGGAGGCUUAUGAGCUGUUAGAAGAACAGCGCCCUGUGCAUCGGCAAGUGUGA